AUGAGCGGGGAUCAGCUGGCUUGCAGCAGCUUUGGUGACCAAACCGCUCAGCCGCCUACACCUACCCGAACCCCGAUCUCCAACACCUCCUCGAGCCCACUCUUACACACGCCCAAGGCCAACAGGAACUACGCUGAAGAAACGGCGGGCUGGACUCCUGGGUUUGCCAAGGAGUAUUCCCUCUUCAUCAACACACCAGGAUACCCCAGAGAAGAAGAAGGUCCAUCUGAAGAGUUUGGCUCGAAGAAACCGGCCAUCUCAUCGUCUGGCCAGAAGGGGUCGCUGUCAGCGGACCGAGUUGCUGCGGGACUGACUGCUUCUGCGAACCCCUCCUCCUCAUAUCCAGCACAGCUACUGCCUCCGGUAGAGCCAUUGGUUGGUUUAAGCCUGCCCCGAGAGCCAUUGGUCGCAUCGAGCUUCAACAGUCUGGCGUUCUUGAACCAACUGCCUCACCCUGCGCAAACCAGCUCGGCCCAAAAGAUCUUGCUCGAUACCGUUGAUCCAGACCGAGUCCAGACCGUAACACCUCCACCUUCACGUCACAAAGGCGAGCGUAAGCUUGCCACUCGGCUUGACGUCAGCGUUAUGCAAAAUGAUCAGGACUUUGUCCAGCAGGGGUUUUUGGAGACAUCCCAUCAGCCAGACAUGGACAGUUAUGUGACAAACCAAGGCGAUAUGUUUAACUUCCAGCUCACCGGAACCACGACAGGCGAUUUCGCUAACCAGCAACCCUUCUGGGAGACGGAUCCUAGCUUGGAGGGGAUGGAUAUCGACUUCAAUGGUGCGAGCAGCAGCUUGUUUCGACAGGAGCCGCACCCACCAUCCAGGCCCAUGAACUCACUGAACUGGGAAACUUCAACCCCCAACCACUUUAUUCCGGAGAAUGUGCUGGUCAAUGGCGGUCGGGUUGUGUCAGGUGGUGGAAGUGAACAUGUCAUGGUGUCUCAAGCGCCCAUGCAGGCCCUGAUGGCCUCAUCAGCGGAUCAAUCCAUGUAUACUGAUACAUAUGCUACUGCUAUCGAUAACUCCUUUGGGAUAAUCAACACCGGCGUGGACCCGGGCCUGCUCUUCAGUCGGCCGUCAUCUGCUAGUAUGGAUGCCUCCCUUGACGCCGUGGCACAAGGGUCGUCGCGUGGCUCGUCACGUCAGAUUUCUCAGGCCGCCCAGUCGGGAAGCCAAGGUGCGUCAGUUGCAAAGGUGCCUUCGCGCAGUGAGCUACGUCGCUCAGCCAGUGAAAGGGAGAUGGAGCCCCGAAAAAAGGACAAAGUACGAGCUACCUCUCCUGUCAAGCCCAUCGGCCGUCCCGGGCUUGGGAGGAGUCUCAGUGAGAAUAGAGGCAAGAGGCCAGGAAGUCGAGCCAUCUUGCCGGCUUUAGCACCGGCUCCACGUCCACAGUCUCAGUUGUCCAACGGUGCUGGUUUGGGCAUUAGCCGCCCUGUUUUCUCACAGCCCAGUAGGUCAAGUGGCAGGUUAUCGCCGUUAAAGAGCAGCCAUCAACGGCUGCCCAGCCUCACAUCCAUUCCCGAGACGGCGGGCCCGCGAACAAGGACCCAGGCAAAGUUCACCAUCGACGAGAACGGUCGGGCUCGUGUAGAGACGACGCUGGUCGUUGAACGCGACAACCCUCUGGCCGUCCGUAAGCGGACUAGUUCGCAGUCAGUAGGUGGCUGUCGCCGCUGGUGUUCGGAAGAUGACGACGAGUCGUCAACAGACGAUGAGCCGAUCAUCAUCCCCAGCAGAAACACUUCGUUUUCUAUGCCGGACCCCCGCAAAUCGAGGACCGCUGUUAAUUCAUUCAGCCACUCGCAGCCAAACUUCAGUUUUAGUGCGCAAAGCACUACGUCGUUAGGUUCUUUCCGGUCUGGCGGUGGGUUCCAGGGUCUGGACGACGAAAGCGAUGAAGAGAUUCUCUUGAACGAGGUCACUCCGACCAGCAAGAUGUCAGGCGAUGCCGUCAAUGAGCUCCUCAAGCUGCGAGAAAAUCGGAUGAGGCAGAAGCCUUCUCCUUCGAAGAUGAGACGGCUUACGUCUAGCAGCCACAGCAAUAGCACCGGGACGAUUGCGAGCAUGAACUUUGCCAGUCGGUUCACAGCCUCGCCCACAGCACUGACUGAGACGAGUCUGCCCACGCCCUCGUCGUCCGAUGCAACUGCUAGCAUCAGCAAGAUGCGCGCCCGAAUCAUGUGA